GCCCAACCCCCUCCUUUAGAGCCCGCCAUUUUGUGAAUGGAGCAGCUAGCUAGUUAGCUCGUUGUCUUGCCUUAUUUGUACCUGCAGAAUACUUCAGACAGCUGCUUACAGUAGACGGGUGUACUUCGCUAUUUUAUUAUUACAUUUUAUAAUAAUAAAACCCAUUUUAUUGGUAGCGAGGCUACGUAACCUUAUUAAUCCGAUCAUUUAGCCAUCUUCAUCUAGCCUACUUUGUAAAGUUUGUAAACAUGAGUUACAGUUAUGGCAGACCGCCGCCCGCAAUUGAGGGCAUGACUUCACUGAAAGUGGAUAACUUGACGUAUCGUACCUCACCAGAGACUCUUCGCCGUGUCUUCGAGAAGUAUGGGAGAGUCGGAGACGUCUACAUCCCGAGAGACCCCUACAGCAAGGAGAGCAGAGGCUUCGCUUUUGUUCGGUUCCACGAUAAACGGGACGCCGAGGAUGCGAUGGACGCCAUGGAUGGUGCCUUCCUAGACGGCCGCGAGCUGCGGGUUCAGAUGGCCCGUUAUGGAAGACCCCCAGACUCUCACUACGGACGUCGUGGAGGACCUCAAAGAAGGCACAGCGGACGGCGCAGUAGAAGCCCGAGGCGGCGGAGGCGUAGCCGGUCCAGAAGCAGAAGCCGCUCUCGCUCCCGCAGCCGGUCCCGAUACAGCCGCUCGCGCUCCAGAUCCAGAUCCCGGUCCAGGUCUUACUCGCGCUCCCGCUCGCGCUCCAAGUCCCGCUCGCCACGCAGGAGCAAGACCAAGUCCCCCUCGCGCUCCAGGUCCAGAUCCAGGAACCGGUCUCCAGUGUCCAACAAAGGGUCCAAGUCCAGGUCCCGGUCUCGGUCUAGAACUCCUCCGGAGUCGCCGGGAGAGAAUGGGACCGCAUCUCCGUGAAGCGGCGCCACGCUGAAUGUGAGUACAGCCAAGGGUCUGGAGGCCAUGCGGACUCUUGAAACCAUGUGCCCUGAUUUAGUUGGAAAAGAUUAGAGAAUUAAAGUUUAAAAUCUGCACUUCUUUACAUAAUGGGAUUGGGCGAGGGAGGUGUGUUUUUCUAGCCCUCCGACCACCCUGGGACAUUUUGCCUGUAAAAGGCUCAAGUCUAGUGGUUAACCAUUAGCUCUUCCCUAACUGUGGAAACAAAUAGGACCAUUUGGCCUCCCAACUCUUUUCCUGCUUUCUGAAAUUCAAACAUACGGAAUAGUAUCGCCCAAACCAAAGCCAAUUAAGCUCCGUGUUUUUUAUUUUAUUGAUACUGUUGUGUCCACUGUACCACGACGUAUACACAGCAUUAGCCUAUCCCAUCGUAGCCUUAUUUUCUGAGUGUGCGGAUUAAUUCAGCAGAAGCUGCUGGUGUGUGAAUGUCAUUGACAUGUGGACUUCUCUCCUCCAAGCUGGUGUCUGUCUGUUCGUGAGUGAGAGGAGAGGAGAGGAGUGGAGAGGAGAGGAGAGGAGAGUUGGGGAAGGAGUGAUGGAGUGAUGGAGAGGAGGUGUAAGGGGCAGGUAGAGGGGAGGCUGAGGCACCCCUGCACGAGCACGAGCUUCCGGCUGCUGUUUGGGGGUUACCACGGCGACGCAGCAGCAGGUUGGUCUCGCUCUGUUUGGGGGGCGUGGCGCAGAAGAUGGGCGCCUGACGGGCCGGCCCUCUGAUUGGGCGAUGCCUGCAGGUGAACGGGCGUGGCAUGACGGUGACGUGGUGUGUGAGAAAAAAAGAGGGCAUUGAUCAAAUGGUAACAAAGGUUUGUGUAUUCUGAUACCCCUCCAUCCAACAUGGUAUUGCUCAGUUCUAAUACCCCCCCAACCCCACACACACACACCAAGGUGAGUUGGCAGACUGCUCGACACCCUCAGCUCAACAGCUGAGCAGUUUGAAAGGCGGAACUAUCUACGUAUGGGCGGAGUUAGAAUCAUGACAAAUCAGGAAAUGAGGAGUAGUCUGGGAGACAGGGGACAUGUCCGCAGUGAACAAUCUGAAGGUUUGUUUUGAAUUUCCCCUCGGGGAUCAAUAAAGUAUCUAUUGUCAGAGCAAGCUUGGUCUCUAGCAAGCCUGAAGGUACACUCACUUCACCCCAGGUACCGAAAGGUGGCCUGAUCAGCAAUCAGCAUCAGUAAUGCUCUAAAACGUUAAGUGUAAACUAAUCCAAAAGCUGAUAAUUUCAUUGGUUGAAAAGUCGGCUACAGGUGCUCUCUAAAGACGUGAUGGUAAGACCUUCACACCAAACAUGAGACUUUAUUAAAAGAGCGCUUCUCUACCAAAGAGCGGCGGCAACUCUUAAUGUGGAGGGUGCUGAUUAGACAUUAGUGUAAGAUCCCCAUUUAUAGAUCCCAGUUACACAAGCGACCUUGGGUUUGAGAAAGGCGCUAUAUAAAAUAAACAUAUUAUUAUUAUUAUUAUUAUUAUUAUUAUUAUUAUUAUUAUUAUUAGUAGUAGUAGUAGUAGUAUUUAUUACAUCUGUAAGUCAGCAACGAUCUGUAGACGGUCACAGUCCAACACUAAGCAAUGCAUUCUGGGUAUGUUCUCAUCAAGAACAGGAAGUGACUGCUCCAUACAGUUCCCCUGGACUCAUUAGUGUGGGGGGUUCCAGACUGAUCGGUGUUCUCAGUUGUGUUUCCAUGACAACAGAUACCCCCCCCCCCCUCGCUGGUCUUAAGAGCCUCACUUGGUCUCCUCUCCCCACAGAUGUCUUCAGUGGGGACCCCAACGCCAGCUUCACUGAGGAUCUGACCCUGGCCUCCGCAGCCUUUGGAAGAGAAGCCGUCGCCCGUUCGCAGUCAUGACUGGACUAAAAGGUUACUAUUGUCUUCAACUCAAAGUCUCCUUAUUUGUUUAAAAAAAAAAGAGUGAAAAAAAAAACAACAACAAAAUGUCUGUUUGCUUUGUGUUUUUGUUUUCCAUUUUGCAUUCUGUUCUGUUUGCGUUCUCACAGCUUGGCAGGACUUUUUAUGUUUUAUAAGAGAACUAAGAGAAACUCCCGUGUGAAUGUUGCCAUUCGUUCAGUAGGAUGAGCUUGUGGUACUUUUGAGGUAAAAAUAUAUUCUACAGGAAGGAAACUUUAUAACUUUACCGGCCCUUUUUCUGAGCCUUUAAUGACAUUUAUUAAUAUGUUCCACUGCUGGAGUAUGCUAUCGAAAUGUAGAAGUUUGGCCUAAGACUGAUCUUUAAACAUGGAACCUAAUUCUCUCUCAAGGAUUUCGGAGUUGAUUUUCUUUUUUUUUAAUUAUUUUAUUUUUUUCUGUAAUAAAGUGAUGAAUUGUUUUCUUCCUUUCUAAAGUUGUUGUGUGUCCCUGUUGGCCGUAACCCUGUGGUCUCUAACCCUCCCUUGUGUGUCUGUUUGUGCACUAGGCGUGGGUGAGUAGCAGUUGGUUUGAGUGCUGGUUAGCUGUUAAAGAUGGCGUGUUGCCGUUGCUGUGCAGAGAAAGUGCUUGGCUGGUUUCCAGUUUUCUCCAGAUAUCGCCAGUGGUAACCAUCGCCCUGGUGACUGACCACUGAGUGAAAGUGGGUGCCCGCAAGUGGCCCAAUUUUCUCUUUUUGGUAAUGCAUCACAAAUGUUUGAUAUGCCAUCACACUUGGUUAUUAUUUCAAAAUUAUUAUUCUUAACGGAAACUGGUGCCAUCCUGGCCUGCGAGCAGCGCAGAGAUGCCCGUCUGCACUGUGUGCUCCAGAAGUGCUUCUUCUGUAAAUCAAUCAAUCAUCUGUUUUCAUGAAAUUAAUAAAAAUAAAAAAAAAUAAAAGCAAAUUGGUUUGUGUGUCAACUCACUUAAUGAUAAUUUAAUGAUUAUAUUAAUCAUAAUAAAACCCCAAAACUGUUCAUUG